UGCUAAGGGCACAGACUGUCAUCUGCAGUUUAGGUGUUGCCACUAGAUGGUGGUAGAUUUAACAGAGCAUAACAUACAGUAGUUUUGGGUAUCCGUUAGAUUAGAACUGGUCUUCGCUUAUUUGACUAUAAUUUAAGGGAAUAAGUUGUACAUUUGCAAAAAAAGAAUGCUUUGUUUGUUGAUUUUGUUCAAAUGUGUUAUUUGUUAGCAAUUUAGACAUUUUAUUAUACUGUACAAAAUAUGCUACCACAAAAAGUAAGGGCUCUAUUCAAUCCGUAUUGAGGAAGUUCAGCGUUAGUGUGAUGGACAUUUAAAGGCAAUUUUCCCGCUUUAGCGGACACUGCAUUCACCGUAAACGCUGCAUAUGUCUGCUCAAUCAGAAAUGACCUUUACAUUUCUAGAGCCCUGUGGGCUCGAUUCAAUCAGUAGCGCUGAAGAUCUGCUUUAUAGCGCGAUUGAAAUUGAAAGGUAAUUUCCGAUUGAGCCGACAUAUGCAGCAUUUACCGUGAAUUCAAUUUCCGCGAAAGGCAGGAACAUUGCCUAUGUCGCACUAUAUCGCACCAGAGCGUGGGUGUUCUGCCCUACGAAGUGAAUUGAGCCCUAAGGCUUAAUGGCUAAUAUCACAAAGUUUUACAAAACAUAACCUUGUCAGUUCAGGUCAGUCAGUAUAUUAAAGCCAUGAGAAACCAUGACUUAAGAUAUUAGUCAUAGUAUGGACAAAGACUGAGGCUUGAAUUCAGCUGCUAUAGUUUCCUGCUAUUCUCUACUGGUAGGAUCAGAUGGUAAUUGUUUAGACAGUGAAGUUUUUUUUGCGGAUGUUUCAGAUCUUUGACGGUGAAUGACAGCCAGUGUUUUUGUCUCAGUUCCAGUUCCCAGUACAUCAUUGUCUUUCUUCUUUAUACCUAAACCAAAAUAAUGGGAAUGGCAAUUUCAAAGGGUUCUGUUGACAUGUGAGUAGGCAGGAGUAAGAAUGAUUUAUGGAUUAUGUGAUUUCACACACCCAUGUUUGGGAAAAAGGAACAAUGUGUUGUGGUCUUACGAGAGUCUCAGAGAGAGCUGAGAUGGAUGUGUCAGAUAAAAGUUUCCUUGAACCGGUCUUUGUUUCUUUGGUGGUGUGUGUUGAAGGCUUUCAGUGGUACUGGAACACCUAAUCAUUGAACCCACCUCAUGGCCAAGGGAGAAGAAAGGUGGAUAGGUGGAAAGAGAGAGUGAGAGAGAGAUAUUAGUAUGAAAGUGAAGGAGAGACAGGGAAAGUGAGGGAGGAAAUUGCGUGAAGGAGGCGAUAGUGGGAGAGCAAGAUGGAUUUGGGGUUUCAGAGUACGCGAGGGAGUGAUAGAGUGAAGAAGGGAAGAGGGAAUGAGCAAGACUGACAGGGGAUUCCAAGAGUGGAGAGUCAGCAGUGAGUAUGUUUGUGGAAACAGGAGGGAGGAUAAGUAUGCAGAGAAACAGAGAGGGUAUGGGAGAGAGGUGAGGCUUGGUUUGAUUCAUGUUGUGGUCAGAGCCAAUAGAAAGCCCCCAUCUAUGUCUAGGGGGAAGCAGAAGUGCGACUCCAAACCCAGCUGGAAACACACAGAGACACCGAACUAGAAUAUUGAGACACAGAAACCCAAUGGCAUAGAAAGACAGAUUACAAAGAGAGGAGAAAAAGAUAUAUACAUAUUUUGAGAUAAAUAUGGAUUAUUAAUAAACUCAAAGAUACAGACUCAGUGGAGAGAAACAGGACCACAGACCUUGGGACACUCAGCUGAAAGUCCACCUCGGGUACCCCUGCUGUUCCAAUGGAAACCAACACCAGGAUUCCCUCUACAGGACCAGUAAGGGUGGACAGCUACCCCUAACUGAGACAGGAUCACCCCACUGUCCUGGGACACUGUGGCAAGAGAAUGUUUUGGAGAAUCACUCUCCCGGUCCUACUGGCUGGGGUGCUCUGCGUUGCCACAGACUCCAGGAAGCCCCGCCCCCAGGGCUCCAUCCCCUCACUUUUCAAGACCAAAGGCAACCUGUCGGAGCGUCAGCGCCUGUUGCCGCGGAAACCCGAAGUCCUUUCGUCAAGUCGGGAGGCCCUGGUGGUCACGGAGCGCCGGUACCUCCGACGUGACUGGUGCAAGACACAACCCCUCCGCCAGACAGUGAGCGAGGAGGGCUGUCGGAGUCGCACGGUGGUCAACCGCUUCUGCUAUGGCCAGUGUAACUCCUUCUACAUCCCCCGCCACAUGAGCCCUAGCUCAAUUCGAGGCCUGGGGUCCGGCCGGAAGAACCACAACAAGGCCCAAGAGCCCUUCCAGUCCUGUUCCUUCUGCAGGCCGCACCGCAUCACCCAGCUCACUGUGCAGCUGGACUGUCCAGGGCUGCAACCAGCCUUCCGCCAUCGCAAGGUGCAGCGUGUCAAACAGUGUCGCUGUAUGUCGGUGGAUGUGAGUGGUAAUGGAAAACUGUGAGGAAUUCUUUGGAACCAGACCAUGACAGUCACCAUGGACACUAAUGUGACUGUGAAAGUGAACGUUAACAUGAACAUGAAUACCGUAGACAUGACAGGGGACAAGCUAGUGGUACCUCUCCCCUAUAUUGGACUAUGCUGCAUUAUCACCUUGUACACAGGUCACACAAAAUGAACCCUACAGGUACUGGUAGUACAGAGUGGCCCAUCUAUUAGCCCUUUGACUAUAUGGACAGCUAUGGUAAAAACUACAAAUUGCAGACAUAAAUGGAUGCAUUGCACAACACCAACUGAAGCACAGACAUGUUUCAGUUAAACACAGUCAGUCAUAUUAAACAACUGGGUCCUUGGACAUUUGGAACAUAUAAAACCAUAAGCACAGCACCAAGUUCUAGACUGAAAGUGGAGCUCUUAAGCUGCCUAUGGCAUGCUGUGGACUGGGCUUACCUGGGGGAACUGUCCAGGCAAUAGGGCUUCAGACUGAGAAAAAAUAACCUAGUCUGUCUAAGUAUCUGCCUGUGGAUUUAAGAACCACCUGUGAAAUAAUUUACACAAAUAUCAAGCUAGCCAGUAAAGAAAUGAUAUUACUAUUUUAUGUAUAACUGUUGUACUAUAAAUAUAUAUGUAUAUGUCAAAGGAUAAGUAGCUAUAAAUAUAUAUAAAAUCUAUUUCAUGUGAAA